AUGUCUAUCACUUCCUUCAAAUCCCUCACAAUGGCCGAAUCCUGCUUACUCUCUCAACCUUCACUCUUCUACACCAAAACCAAAUCCUCAUUCAUCUCUAACUCCGCCAAGCCUUUCAAAAUUCAAAACCCUACGUACAAUUCUUCUAGGGUUUCGCACUCUCUUUCCCUCACUGCCGGCAAGAGAAGAACCCGUUAUUCUUCGUUGCUGACAUUCGUAGCACAGACUUCUGAUUGGGCUCAACAGGGAGAGAAGGAAGAUGGAGCUACAUGGGAGAAUCAAGGUGAACCUAAAUGGGGAAGCGAGACUGAAAGCAACGAAGGUGAUGGUGAGGUUGGGGGUUACGGAGAACCGUCUGAGGAAUUGAAGAUUUUUGUUGGGAAUUUGCCGUUUGAUGUUGAUAGUGAGAAAUUGGCUGAGCUUUUUGAACAGACUCCAGGGACUGUGGAGAUUGCUGAGGUGAUUUAUAACAGGGAGACCGAUAGAAGUCGUGGAUUUGGAUUUGUGACAAUGAGUACAGCUGAUGAAGUUGAGAGGGCUGUGAGCAAGUUCAGUGGCUAUGAACUAGAUGGAAGAGCGUUGACUGUUAAUAAAGCCGCUCCAAGAGGAUCACCAAGACCUGAACGCGUACCACGUGCCGUUGAAUCUGGUCUACGAAUCUAUGUUGGUAACUUGCCAUGGGAGUUUGACAAUACUCGCCUGGAGCAACUUUUCAGCGAACAUGGUAAGGUUGAGAGUGCUCGGGUAAUCUAUGACCGAGAGACAGGUCGAUCACGUGGUUUUGGGUUUGUUACAAUGACCAAUGAGGCUGAAAUAAAUGCAGCCAUUGCUGCUCUUGACGGCGAGAGCUUGGACGGGAGGGCAAUCAGAGUGAAUGUUGCUGAGGAAAGGCCUAGGCGUAACUUCUGA